CGUGCCCAUCCGCCGAGGAGAAGGAAUCUAUCCGCACCAGUCACUGCUUGCUUCCACGCCAACAAUCAAUCGUCGCAUCGUGUUACUCCCCUAAGAUGGCUUCAGAGUCUCCCCAGACUGAUAUGGCACUACCUCAGCUGGAAGUCACGGACCAGAAUGAAGCCCCGGCUGCCGAUACGACGAAGAGGAAGGCGGAACAGGCUAACGGAACGCAUACUCGCACCAAGCGGAAUCGCUACAUCUCUAUCGCAUGUAAUGAAUGCAAACGGCGCAAGAUCAAGUGCAACGGCCAGGUACCUUGCCAACGCUGCGGACACCUUAAUCUCGAAUGUUAGUUGUCACCGCGAGGGGUGUGUAACCCGGAUAUGACGUUGAUGCAAGGGACACGCUGAGUUAUCUUCUUAGGCCGAUAUGCCCCGAACUGCUGCAACAAUAAUUUCAAGGAUUCCGAGUAAGUCGACUGGGCAAUGAUUCCCUUGAUCCCGCGUGACAUACACCCCGGAGGCGCCAUGGCUCACCGAACAUCUUACAUAGAGAAUUUCGAUCGAUGAAAG